UCUGUACUACAAAUGUAUAAUUUUUGUAAUAUUUAUGAAUAAAUAUUCAAGUUAUUAACAAAAUGAAAAAGAGACUGAUAGAUGAAGCCACCACUGGUGGUAAUCCAAAAUGGUAUACAGAAUUUCCUAAAGGAGAAGAGCCAUGUAAACAUUCUAAGUCUGAAACAGAAAUAUCAAACUUGAAAGCUGAAGCUAAAAGAUAUUUAGAUGCAGAAACUGCUGUGUUUCAAUUAAAGGAAUCAAAGUCCCGUGAUUCAGAAACAGUAUGGUUAAAAACAGCAUUAACACAAGGUACAACCUCGGAUAAAGUAGCAGCUGCCAUUGUAUUAGUACAAGACAAUCCAAAAUAUAAUUUAGCUAGAAUUACAAUGCUUGUAAAUCAAGUACGAAUAGCAAAACACAAUCAAUGCAAUAUGAUAAUAAAAUCUUUGAAGGAUUUGUUUUUAUGUGAUUUACUUCAUCCUACAUUUAAGCAACUUAAAUUUGAAGAACAAAAUUUAAAUGAAAUUGAUAAAGCAAAUCCUGAUGACACAAUGGUCCAAAUAGAUGCAUCAAGAAAAAAGUUAAUGGCCCAUUGGUACUUUGAGGACCAGUUACGUGAACAAUAUGAACGUUUUGUUAUGUCUCUAGCUGCUAUUGCAUCAGAUACAGUGGAUUCAAAUCGUGAAACAGCAUUGUCGGUUAUGACAAACCUGUUAAUAGGAAAUUCUGAACAAGAACAUAAACUAUUGGAAUUAAUUGUAAAUAAAAUAGGAGAUCCAAGCAGUAAAGUAGGAUCUAAAGUUAUAUUUUGUUUAAAUAAAGUGUUACAUGAGCAUCCAAACAUGAAAAUUGUUGUAUUGCGAGAAGUUGAAAAAUUAUUAUUUAGAAAAAAUGUUGCACAACGUGCUCAGUAUUAUGCAAUCUGUUUAUUAACUCAAUUUCUUUUGAGCAAAGAUGAUGAAGGAAUUGCUUCUAAUCUUAUUGAAGUUUACUUUGCAUUUUUUAAAGCUUGUUUAAAGAAAGGAGAACCAGAUAGUAGAAUGAUGGCAGCAAUUUUAACUGGUGUGAAUAGAGCAUAUCCAUUUGCAAAAUUGAAUUCAAGCAUAUUGUACAAUCAUAUAGAUUCUGUAUACAAAGUUGUACAUGUUGGAUCUUUUAAUGUUUCACUAAAUGCCCUGAACUUAUUAUAUCAAAUCGCAGGAAAAGAUGAAAUACAGUCAGACAGAUUUUAUUCUACUUUUUAUCGAAAGUUAUUAGACCCACAAAUUGGAACAGCAAAUAAACAGGCACUAUUUCUUAAUUUAUUAUUCAGAGUUCUUCAAAAAGAUAAUAAAAUACAACGUUUAUAUGCAUUUAUUAGAAGAAUCUUACAAAUUACAUUAUAUCUUCCUGCAAAUAUGGCAUGUGGAAUUUUAUAUGUAGUAUCAAAAAUUUUACAUACACAUAAAGAAUUAAAAAGCUUAUUAUUAAAACCUCAAGAUUGUAUUGAAAUUGGAAAUGAAGAUUCUGAAACUGAACACAAUUCUAUAAAUUUAAAAAGUAAUGAUGUAUGUGGAAAAUCUAAUACAUAUUCAGAAGAUACUAUUGUAUUAACAAAUGUUACAACUGGAGAUGUAAAUAUAGAAGACAAACCUGAAAUAAAAGUAGAAAAUGACGUAAAAAUUGAGUUGUGUAAACAAAAAGAAUAUGAUCCUUUUUAUCGUAAUCCCCUCUAUGCUGGAAUAACUAAGGGAUUAAAUAAUGAAUUGAUCACACUGUUUAAACAUUAUCAUCCAAGUGUUGUAUUAUUUGCAAAUACUAUACUUGAAGGAAAACCAAUUAAUUAUACUGGAGAUCCAUUAGAAGAUCUGUCUUUGAUGCGUUUUCUCGAUCGUUAUGUUUUUAAAAAUCCAAAAAAGUUAGAAAAUAAAAAAAUACAAAAAAAGAAUGAUCCCCUGGCUCGACGCGCAGGAUAUGAACCUAUAGGUAUCAGAUGUAUUCCAGUGGAUAGUGUUUCAUAUCUUAAUGAAAAGGAAGAACGUAUUCCGGUUGACGAAUUGUUCUUAUAUCGGUAUUUAAACAAGAAGAAAGAAAUUAAAAAUGGAUCUAAAGUGAUAGAUGACGAUAUAGAAAGUGUUAAUAGCGAAGAAUUUGACGACAUGUUGGAUAGAUUAACAGAUGGCAAAGAUUUUGAAGAUCUAGACAUUGCAGCUGACAUCCAAACUAAGAAAACAAAGAAAAAGGAUGUUGAGGAUGAAGAUGAUUUAGAAGUUGGCAGUAUCAAAAGCGCGGCAAGCGAUAAUUCUGAUAAUAUAAAUGAUUUAGAUGAAAAUGAUGACGCAGAUGAAGAAUUACAAAAUUUGAGCGAUAUGGAACUGGACGAGGACGACUAUUUAAGUGACAUAGAUUUUAACGAAGACUCGGAUGACAACGAAGAUAUGUUUGAUAAUACUAACAAUAGAACAAAGAAAAGAGAUCAAGGAAAGCAUAAAUCGAAUAAAAAAUCAAAAGGAAUUGAUAGUAACACAUUUGUAUUAGCAGAAAAAUUUGCAGAAAUGCUUGAAGAACAUAGUAAACAAAAAAAUAAACAUGGUGGUACAGAUAUGUAUAAUACUGCAGAUGGUGCAAGUUCAAAGCAAAUAGAUUGGGAAAUAAAACGACAUCAUAAACUUAGGGGAUCAUCAAAUAACAAUAAACGAAGAGGUCCUAAAACUUCUAAAAAUGUUAAAAAGAUGAAACACUAA